AUGCUGCGCUCCUGGCGUGUGAAGCUGAAGCUGCUGCUCGCCACGGUGACCCUGGCCGUCCUCCUCUCCUGGCUCUACCUCUUCGUGGGCAGCCUCGAAUACGGCCGCUUCCUCCUGCUGCCGCCCUGCCUGGGGGAGCAGCCGAGCCGGGACGGGGAGCGGGAGGCGCUGGCCUCACGAGUGCGCAGGGGGGAGGAGGAGAACCAGCAGCUCCGUCUGCAGCUCGGCCAGGCACAGGUGGAGGGCGGCGACAGCAGCCCCCCGUGGGGAGCCUCCACCGAGGACAGGGACCCCCCCAGGGGACAGAGGAGCAACCGCACGGCCUGCCCCAAGCAGCGGAUGGUGCACAAGUGCGAGCUCCUGCACGUUGCGAUUGUGUGCGCCGGGCACAACGCGAGCCGGGAUGUGGUCACCCUGGUGAAAUCCAUCCUCUUCCACAGGAAAAACCCCCUCCACUUCCACUUCAUCACGGACUCGACCCUCUUCCAGUCCUGGAUGGUGCCCUCCGUCCACAUCAGCUUCUACAACGCUGAUGACUUGAAGCCGGAGGUGUCGUGGAUCCCCAACAAGCACUACUCCGGCAUCUAUGGGCUGAUGAAGCUGACGCUUACCAAGGCGCUGCCCUCUAACCUCUCCAAGGUCAUCGUCUUGGACACUGACAUCACCUUUGCCACCGACAUCGCUGAGCUCUGGGCUGUCUUUGGGAAAUUUUCUGACAAGCAGGUGAUCGGGCUGGUGGAGAACCAAAGCGACUGGUAUUUGGGCAACCUGUGGAAAAACCACAAACCGUGGCCAGCCCUGGGACGUGGCUUCAACACGGGGGUGAUCCUGCUCCUGCUGGACCGCCUGCGUCGCCUGGGCUGGGAGCAGAUGUGGCGGCUGACGGCGGAGCGGGAGCUGAUGAGCAUGCUCUCCACCUCACUGGCAGACCAGGACAUCUUUAACGCGGUGAUCAAGCAGGACCCGGCCCUGGUGUACCGGCUCCCCUGCUUCUGGAACGUGCAGCUAUCUGAUCACACCCGCUCGGAGCAGUGCUACACCGAAGUCUCUGAUCUCAAGGUGAUCCACUGGAACUCGCCCAAAAAGCUGCGGGUGAAGAACAAGCACGUGGAAUUCUUCCGCAACCUCUACCUGACCUUCCUGGAGUAUGACGGGAACCUGCUGCGCAGGGAGCUCUUUGGCUGUGCCAGCCUCCCCAGCCCUCCCAGUGACCAGCUGCAGCAGGCGCUCGAGGAGCUGGAUGAGGAUGAUCCCUGCUACGAUUUCCGCCGGCAGCACCUCACGCAGCACCGCAUCCACCUGUUCUUCCUGCAGUACGAGUUCCUGGCCCUUCCCGACCCCACUGAUGUCACCCUCGUGGCCCAGCUCUCCAUGGACAGGUUGCAGAUGUUGGAGGCCAUCUGCAAGCACUGGGCAGGCCCCAUCAGCCUGGCGCUGUACAUGUCAGAUGCGGAGGCCCAGCAGUUCCUGCGCUACGCCCAGGCCUCGGAGGUGCUGAGCGCCCGCCGCAACGUUGCCUACCACAUCGUCUACAAGGAGGGGCAGUUCUACCCCAUCAACCUCCUGCGCAACGUGGCCUUGGCCAACACGCAGACGCCAUAUGUCUUUCUGACGGACAUUGACUUCCUGCCGAUGUAUGGCCUCUAUGAUUACCUCAGGAACUCCAUCCAGCAGCUGGAGCUGCCCCAGAGGAAGGCAGCUCUCAUCGUGCCGGCGUUUGAGACCCUGCACUACCGCCUGACCUUCCCCAAAUCCAAAGCAGAGUUGCUCUCCAUGCUGGACAUGGGCUCCCUCUACACCUUCAGGUACCAUGUGUGGCCAAAAGGCCAUGCCCCAACUGACUAUGCCAAGUGGCGGACAGCCACCGUGCCAUACCGUGUGGCGUGGCAGCCAGACUUCGAGCCUUACGUUGUAGUGAGGCGAGACUGCCCCAGAUACGACCAGAGGUUCGUGGGCUUCGGCUGGAACAAGGUGUCCCACAUCAUGGAGCUGGAUGCACAGGAGUACGAGCUGCUGGUCCUGCCCAACGCCUUCAUGAUCCACAUGCCCCAUGCCCCCAGCUUCGACAUCUCCAAGUUUCGCCUGAGCGCGGGGUACCGGGGCUGCCUUCAGACGCUGCGGGAGGAGUUCCACCAGGACCUGUCGCGGCGCUACGGGGCUGCCGCGCUCAAAUACCUCACUGCCGAGAGAAGCCUGUGA